AUGUGUGGAACACCUCUUUACAUUGCCCCAGAGGUCCUAGAUCGGUCACCUAGGCGUAGUUACGGAAAAGCAGUGGACAUGUGGAGUCUUGGCGUUAUUCUAUACGUCUGUCUUUGUGGGUAUCCACCAUUCGCCAAAGACUUUGGUCCACCAUCUUUUGAAGAACAAAUAAGGCAGGGAAUAUAUCGAUUCUAUCCCCCCGCGUGGUGUCAUAUUAGUCAUGAAGCCAAAGACUUAAUAAGAGGCUUAUUGACUGUCAAUGUAAGAGACAGAUUAACAGCUUCGCAGGCUUUAGAACAUCCUUUCAUGCAGGUUCUAUCAUUACCUCAACACGUUCCUGUUGUUCCAGAUGUGGUCAAUACACCUGUUUUACCACGAGUGAAUAGCAACGUCCAACCAAGUGAUGAAGUUAAAACGAUUUUCGCUCAGAAACUUUCUGCUCUAUCUAAACGCGCCGAAUCUGGCGAUGACGUAGAUGAUACAAACGAUGUCAAUGAUGCAUCAUUUGUUACUGCCGAUACGAUCGUAUCAUCCAGUUAUUUCUCCCGAUCCAGUCCUCCAGUUCCAGUUCAGGAUGAAUCAAUUUAUUAUUCGGCCAUUGAAUUCAAUUCUUCAAGUUUCGGUAGACCACCAACAACGGUCGCAAGUAAAAUUCGUUCGAUUUUUUCACUGUCUCCCAUUGAACAAACUUAUUUUCGAGAUUUCUCCGAUACUUUUAUUCCACAAAAAAAUUUUCCCGACAUUUGGGCUUCACGAGGUACUAACGACGAAAACGUUAAUGAAACGACUGUACCGCUUCGUUUAAAGUUGGUCGUACGUGAUGGGACUGAGGAUAAAUCCAAUAUGAAGCCUAUUCCAAUGGAUCACAAAGAAGAGUUGAACCUCUUAUUAAAGUUAGAAAAUAUUGAGAGUCCUAUGUCACCUAAAGCAUGUAGAUUAAAAAGAAAAUUACAUCUCAGAAGGUUAAAGCGAAGAUUAGGUUUAAAAAUAUUUGACAUUGACGCAGCUGUUUCUGAUCAAAUGAGAUCCACGUCUGCAUUAGAAUUGAUGACAACAGUAGAGGAAGACCUUCAUGAAUUAAAGAAAAAUGAAGUUAAAAAUUUUGAAGUUAAUAAAACGUCUGACAUUGAACUUUUAGACCAGAUUGCUAAAGUAUAA